AUAACCCCCAGGCGUCAGGCGAUUGGAUAAGCUCCUAGAGUGACUGUCUGACUCUGACCUCUGACUGUAGCACGCAGAACGGCAGAACGCACACAUCCGCAAAUCAAUUAAUAUCUACCGAAAAUGGAGAAAAACAACAAUCAGGAUAAGAAAAAGACACCACCAGAAAAUGGAGCGGAUAUCACCGAAGUUAUAAACAACGUGAUAUUCUGGUAUUCCCUCCUCCUCAUGAUCGAGCAGCUGGAACGUCGACAACGGAUGGGAAGAGGCCAUGGCGAUGGUGGUAACGACGGCGGUGCUGCCAAAUGAAGCUUUUAUAAAAGGCCCAGUCGUUUUAAAAAAUGGUUGGCCAGAUAGCCAAAUAAUGAAUCGAUGAUUAAUAUUUGACAAUAUGGCCGCCGUUUAUGAAACGACGGCGUUUUAUUUUCUUUUUACUUUCAUCUAUAAUAAUAUAUUAUGUUCUGUAUUACAAAACUUAAAUAAAGUGAAUUACUGAAAAUGGUGUCCCAUUUUAUUUUUUGUAUUGGAUAGGGGUACGCCUGU